CGUGGCCCUGGCAUCAUGGCUGUUCUUAGGCUAAGCUAAGUCCUGCAGAAAUAUACCAUUGAGUCACUUCUAACAUGUCCUUCAACCUUGGGUUGCAUGGCGGCUUUUGAAAAAAAUGAAGUGUAGUUCCCAUGGGAAAGCUGCACAGCAGUUAACCUCCUGGACUUUAGGGUUUGUACAGCGUGUACGGACAGUGAGAAGCAGUGUUCAGUAGUAUGAUCUUGAGGAAGGUGGAUGAUCAGGCUGUGUAAGUUACUGCAUAAGCUUAGGAGGGUUGCUGGAUGGAAGUGUCCCAGCCAACCAAGCACCAGAGGAAGACUGAGCAGGCCCCGCAGUCCUGAUGCCGAAGGGCUCCGGCUCUGAAGUUCUGCUUCAGAUCUUGGCUUAACCCCUCUGCUCUUUAGUUUCCUAAUCUGUGACAUGAGUGUGAUAUUUUCUUACCUUGUGAGUAUGUUGUAAAGCUCACCCAGAUAACCUGGUACACUCAAGGUACUGAGUGAUGGAAAGUAGUUAUUCGCAAAAAUUCCACAGGCUUUUAUUGUAGAAAUUAGGCCCCUUCCUGUGGGGAAGAAGUCCAGGGGGGCAGGAAUUUGUAGACAUGUGGGAGCCAGGAGUAAGAGGUGUGGGUUUUGUUCAAGGAUAGACUUUAUGAGAACAGAUCACCCCCAUAUGAGCACAUACAAAGAUGUUAUUGAACGCAUUAAGGAAACAGGCAGAUGUAAUACUGCUUUUAAAGCAAUAACUAUGAACUUCUUGGAGUAAGGAAAUGCUUGCUGAUGAAAGCAAAACUUGCUUUUCCCAUAGUCUGUGGAUGCUUGCACUGUAAGCAGUGAUGCAGGGGUGGUGUACAAUAGCUCAGAAGCAGGAGAGGGGCCAGGCCCCAUCAGGUGAGGCUCUACCCAGGGGCCCGAGUGUUGCAUUGAGAAGACACCCAGGAAUCUCUGCUCACUCCCGAGUCUGCACUCACCUCCCUCUUGCUGUGGUACUUGUACUCUGUGCUCUAAGCUCCCUGUCAUUUUAUUUAAUGCUACAGGUGAUAAUCAGGAGCUCUUACUAUUUGCAUAUGAAGUUGGAAAUUAAUCAGCAGUAGCCGUAAUAAUGUGUGACCUUAUAGCAAUGCAGCUUUAGGUUUUCAUCUAAAUUGAAGGUAAAGGUUGAUGAAUUAGAGCUAAGCCAGUGGCCCGCAAGGGACAUUCAACUACAUCAACAGACCUUUUUUUGCCUGUCUCACCUUGGCAGGCUUUCCUGAAGAAAUAGUUUAUAGAUUCACCACAUUUCUGAAAACACAAAUAUUUACAGCUGGAAAAUUGUCAUCCUUACGGAAGGCAAAAUGAAAGCUUCCCAUGAAGUUUUGGAAGAGUUAUACAACAAAGUACUUCUUGGAGCCAUACUCGAAGAUGACAGCCUUCAUUACACCUGUUAUCUCAGCCCAGCAGUGCCGGGUCAGGGUCACUCCACCAUCUCCUGCGCCGAGUGGGCAGGCGCCCAGGACGGCCAGGAGGAGCCCCAGCUGGCCUCUGUCUGCACAGCUCCCGCCUCGGUAGCACCCACGUGUGUAAGAAGCAGCCAGCAGAGCAGCAGCACCCGGGAGCUGGUGCUGCUUCAGCUGACGGUAAUCCAGGUGCUGCUGGCCCGGGCCUCCUCCAUCCACACCGAGAGCCGUGUCAGGGCCAAGUACAGAGAUGUGGUCAGCAGGCUUGUACGGUCGACUGAAGUCGAUUCCAAAUUGAUCUGUAUGUUCCACAACUCGGAUAAAUUGUUAUCCCACAUGGCCACAAAGUGUCUUGGGUUGCUUCUGUAUUUCCAACUGAAAGAAAAGAUGCCAUUGAGUGACUCUUGCAUUGCGUUUUGCCAAAAAAGUCUUUCUGACUACCCGAAGAGUGAUAAAGCAAUAUACUGUCUGUGUACUCUUACAGUUGCAAUAAAGGAAAUCUUCAAAGAUACAAGUUCCCAGAAAGCAGAAAUUGUCCGGCAGCUGCUGACCCCUUUGGACGCAGCUCUGGAAGUUUUCUAUGAUUCCCUGUUUUCUCAGCAUUUUGAACACUGCCAAGCUCCUCAUGAACUCGUUACCAACCUGCUGAGCUUCCUGGAGCUGCUUGAACUGCUCAGCGCCUCCAGGGUCUUCCUGAAAUCACACUUCACUUGCCAGAGGAUCUUAUUUUUGAAGCCUUCUUGCAUGCUAGAUGUGAUUAUGUGGCCUGUUGAGGCUUUUGUCCAAAGGAAACUCUUCCUACUCAUCAAAAAGUGCCUUCUUGGGACAGUGGGAGAGGACCUGUGCCGGGCACCCGUGCCCACGUGUGUGAUGCCGGGCCAUCCUGCUGAUGCCGACACCUCGGCUCUGGCGGACGCUGUUCUCCAGGCAGUGGCUCUGGGGCUGCUGAAGACGCUGUCUGUCCAUGGGACGCCUUCCUGCUUCGGAGGCGACAGAGCCCAGCCCACAGUGGGACAGUGCUCUGCUCCAGAUCCUGUGAUCCGCAGGGCCGUGAGCCUGGUGCUCGUGAAAUCCUUGGAAAUCAAGUUUCAGAGUUGUACCUCAGCUAAUGAAAUGACAGUUGAUUUGCAGAAGUACAUGUCUGCGUUGCUGACCUUCGUGACACCUCCCCUGCACUCCUCACUGCAGCUGCACGGUCCCUGUGAAUGGCUGUCGAGGGUCUUCAUAGAGCAAGACGAUGACAUGCUGGAGGCUGCCAAGGCAUCGCUGGGCAUCUACAGCAAGGUGACCAGAGAAUGGGAAGCCACUGAAAACCUGGCCCCAGAAGGAGAAAGGUGGGACCGUCAUAUGCAUGAAAACGGCUGCAAUCCGCAUUGUAUUUUCCUGUUCUUCUUAAAAAAUGUAGGAUUUGAUUCUUCAGUUCUUCUUGACUUUUUGAUUUCAUCAGAGACUUGUUUUCUUGAGUAUUUUGUCAGGUAUUUAAAGCUACUGCAAAAAGAGUGGAAUAUUUUCUUGACCAUUUGCAAGUCUUCUGAUGGACCUACAUCUGAACUGGGCAUCCAUACCUGUGGUUGUGUACCCUCACUGGCUCAAGGCACAAGCAGCAGCCGGACAGCUCCCUGCCGAGUGACUGCCUUUCCCAGUCGCGGUGGGAUUCGAGCUCGGGUCCCCGGGGCUUCCCAUGUUCCUGGUGAACACUUGAGCGAGGCUGUGUCCUCGGUGGUGACCCACACCAUGCAGGCUCAUCGUUCAUCUUCUCUUCAGGUCCCUUCAAGUCUGGUAAAUUACGACAGCUCGGAUGAUUCUGAAGGAGAGUGCACAGGCCAAAGCCUGGCCAGUAGCCAGCAGCCAUCUUUGCAGCAAACAGCAGUCAGGGCAACCCCUGCCCCAGCUGGCAGCAGUGGAGGUCAAGAGCUGAUCCGAGAGACUUCCUGCUGUGCUGGUGGUGAGGUGGCCUCCAAAGGCAGUGCUUGUGCAGCAGGACUACUUCACAGAACAGUGAAAUGCUUCCGGGAGCUCCAGAGUGCCAUUUCCCGUUUGCAGAAGAAAAAUCUUUUCCCAUACAAUCCAACUGCACUUCUGAAAUUGUUAAAUCAUACAGAGACAAUGUAUAAUAAAACUGUGAUCCCGGGCCUGGCAUGAUAGGCUGGUGGCUGAAGUUCUCGCCUUGCACGCACCGGGAUCCCAUAUGGCCACCAAUUCAUG